AUUUCAGAAAGUCGCAGACAUGCAGCCAGAAAUGACGGAGAAGAAGCAGCCGAAGUCAUUUGAAGCGCUGACCCCAGAGUUGUCAACAUGGAUACUGGAUUUCACUCACAGCAUGGGAUUUGCUCGAACCACACCAGUGCAGGCCAUGGCAAUUCCGCUGCUGAUGGGUAACAAAGAUCUGGUUGUAGAGGCGGUCACCGGCAGCGGCAAAACACUGAGCUUUCUCAUUCCCUUGGUGGAGCGAAUACUAAAGGCUGAAGAUCCCAACAAGAAAGGACAUGUGCGCUCAAUUGUUGUUGCACCGACCAAGGAACUAGCGACGCAAAUACACGAUGUGCUCAUGGGCUUGCUUAAUUUCCAUCCGCCGUCGGCAUCACUUCUGAAGCAGAUCGACGAGCCGGAACCAGACAGCGAGGACGAGGAGAUGCCGGACGUGGAGCCGCAUGUUGUUUUGCCUGGACCUUAUGCUGUGCCUCAGCUUCUCGUUGGGGGUCGAGCAAAGCUGUCAGAAGAUAUUGCCAGCUUUUCGAAGAUCAAUCCGAACAUCUUGAUUGGGACACCACGAAGGAUAGUGGAAGUGCUUCAGACUUCAAAGGUGGUCUUGAAGAGACAUCUAUUUGAUCUACUGGUGCUAGAUGAGGCCGAUAGACUCUUGGACCCGAACUUUCAGCCUGAUCUGCAGCGCAUUCUGGAGAUGGUGCCGAAGGAGCGAAGGACGGGACUGUUCAGCGCAUCAGUUUCCGAAGCUGUGAACGAGCUCGUCAGAGUUGGAAUGCGCUAUCCCUUCAAGAUCAGCGCGAAAGUUCGGAGCAAAAGUGGCGCACUGGACAAGAAGACGCCAGAGAGUCUCAAGCUGUAUUCCCUGAUCACGAAACCCACCAUGAAAAUUCCAUACCUGAAUCGAAUACUGCGAGAGACAAAGGCAGAGAAGACAAUAUUGUACGUCUCAACACGAGCUGGCGUCGACUACUGGAGUCAUGUGCUUCCCGAAAUACUGGGUGUACAAGUGUUCCCAUUACAUGGAGAUCACAAAUCAGCCAUCCGGAUCAAGAACUUGAACCGAUUCCGAGACACAACUUCACCAGCGAUCCUGCUUACUACAGAUGUAUUGGCGCGAGGUAUCGACAUUCCCGACAUUGAUCUUGUUGUUCAACUCGAUCCUCCUAGCCAGCCGAAGGACUUCAUUCAUCGUUGUGGACGCUCCGGACGAGCCGGGAAAAGAGGCAUGGCGGUGACAUUUCUCAACGAAGGCAGCGAGAACGACUAUGUCAAAUAUUUGGAGCUUCAAGGAACGAGACUGGAGCCUUAUCCCAUCACUUCUUCGGUCUCUCAGGAGGAGAUAGCAAACACUAUCGAUACUAUCCGGAAGCUACUCAGAGAAAAGCGUGAGUGGCACGACCGAUCACAAAAAGCAUUUGUCAGCUCGAUAAUGGCAUACAGCAAGACCCUUCCUACAGACAUCUUCAAUGUACGGAAGAUCGACUGGCCGGAGAUGGGCAAGGCCUGGGGACUGCUGCGUUGGCCGAAGAUGCCCGAGCUGAAGAAGUACUUCCCACAAGCUCGAGAAGAUCGCAGAUUGGACCUCGAUUUACCAGCAGACUUCGACUUGAAUAGCGUGGCCUACGUCGACAAGGUGAAAGAGGCCAAGCGCCGUGCUAUAAUCGAUGCGUUCGCUCGCGGUGAGAAACCGGAUCUGCCAAAGAACAAAGGAGGCGCAGGAGCCGAUGCGAAGCGGAGAAAGGACAAUGCUUGGAGCAGUCAGAAGGAGGCGAAGGCUGUCAAGGAGGGGAGAAGGGAGAAGAAGGAGGUCCGACGGAAGGCUGAGGGUAAUGCGAAGAUGAGCGAGGCGGACAAAGUGCGUCAGAAGGAGUUGGAUGACCUGAUUGCGAAGGUCAAAGCCAAAAACGCCGAAGAUGCUGAGGAUAGCUUCGAGGGAUUCGAAUAG